AUGCCUAUUUAUUUUUUGGUUUUUUGCUUAACCGGUAUUUUUAGCUGCAUUUAUUCAGCUAAAUUAAGUGUUAACACAAACUAUGGGCCAGUUCAUGGAUUUCUACAUGAAAUAGAGAAUGAAACUAGCGGUACAGUUUUUUUGGGUAUUCCAUUUGCAAAACCUCCAGUUGGCCAGCUACGCUUUGAGAAGCCGAUAAGACCUGACAAUUGGACAACGCCAAUUGAAGCAUCAAAGUAUGGUAGUAUUUGCUAUCCUCAUCAUCGCCUUGGUAUUCAAACAAGUACUAGUUUGUACAGCGAGGACUGCCUAUACUUGAACGUUAUUACUCCUGCAGGAGAGAGUACCGAAACUUAUGCAGUAAUGGUUUGGAUUCACGGUGGUUUUUUUUCAACUGGUACUGAGGCAAUGCCUGGAAACUUGGGUAUGUGGGAUCAAACUGCAGCACUUCAGUUUGUCAAGGAAAACAUCGCACACUUCGGCGGUAAUCCAAAUCGGAUAACAAUUUUUGGUCUUAGCGCUGGCGGCGGGUCCACGAGCAUUCUUACACUGUCUCCUCACUCACAAAGCUUUUUCGCAAAUAGCAUACAGAUGAGUGGAAGUGCUUUCGCUGAGUGGUCCCAUAGCGAACUGGUUGAUGAUGCUAGUCUUGAACUGGCUAGAAGCGCAGGUUGUUUAUCAGAAGACAUAAACACCCUGAAGCCAUGCUUAAAAAAUAAAACAAUUCAAGAAUUGCUAGAUGCUUCAAAUAAAACGGGUUCAUCUCGUGACAGCAUCAAGCUUAUCAAGUACGGACCCCGAUUAGAUGGUGACUUCUUACCAAAAGACUUGGAAAGUCUGGUCAGGGAAACAUCGAAAAAACCAACAAUUAUUGGAACAGCAGAAAAAGAAGCUAUACUUUUUGCUUUUUAUGCAGCAGCCAACGCUGUUUCAAACCUUCAAAUACCCGCGCAAAGUUACGCAAAUUACAGUCGCGAUAGUCUAGUAGAAUUUAUCAAAACUCAAGUGGCAACAAAAGGAGAUUUAAAUAACCAGGCAGAAGAAGUCCAAUCAAAAAUUAUUGCAUUUUAUGCUGACUCAAAAGAUGGAGUCACACAUGAUUAUAAGUACUGGUUGGAGAAGUAUACUCAGUUAGUCAGCGACGUUAUGUUUGUGAUGGCAUCUCGACGAGAAACUGAGGUGAAGAUUCAAAACGACUGGCCUGUUUGGCUCUAUUUAACAGAUUAUUACAGUCCAGUUCUCUACGAUCAAAGCAUUCCAGUAAAAGGCGCAACACACGCAGGUGAAGAAAUAUACAUGUUCAAUAAUUUCGCGCUUCGUCAAUACCAGUUUGACAACAAUGACAUUAUGAUGCAAAAUGCAAUCCUGGAUUCCUUGACAAAUUUUGCAAAGAAAAGUGAUCCAUCAUUUACUGGUGUUGUAUGGGAAAAAGCGACAAGCGAAUACCCUUCUCGUCACUUGCGAUAUCGUCCUAAUCCACGAGUAAUGAACGACUUAUUUUCUGAUAGUGCAUAUCAGUUUUGGAAUUCUUUAGAAGUUUAUGACUACAAUGUGAUAACUGGUGAGAGACGGCCAAAAACCGAUGAUGGUAGUUCUAAUAUGCGUUUACUGACAGCCCUGUAUAUUACUGGUUUAUUACUGUACCUCCAUCUUUCCCUGCGUGACUUUCUGCCUUUUUGA